AUGGAUCCUUUGAAAUAUCUAAUGGAGAAUCUGGUGCAAGAUGGGAAGACAACUAAAUGGGUUCUACUUUUGUCAAAAAUUGAUAUCAAAUAUAUGACUCAGAAGUCUAUAAAGGGAAGAGCAAUUGCCGAUCACUUAGCCCAUUGUUCACUCAAAGAAGCCAAAGAAAUCCAAUGGGACUUUCCAGAUGAGGAUAUCAUAUGGAUACAGUUAGAACUAUGGAAGAUGCUCAACUUUCCUGCCACUAAUAAUGCCACAGAGUCUGAAGCUUGCAUUAUGAGGUUACAAGCAGCCUUAGGUCUUGGAGUGAAAGAUUUGGAAAUGUAUGGUGACUCAGCUUUGAUAAUUUCUCUGAUAAAGAACAGAUGGAAGAUUAAGGAAGAAAAGUUAUUGCCUUAUUAUGAAUGUCUUCAGAAAUUGGCAUCGAAGUUUGGAAAGAUUCAAUACCAGUAUGUGCCAAGAAUGCAAAAUCAGAUUGCAAAUGCUUUAUCAAUAAUGGCAUCCAUGAUGGAUUGCCCUAAGGAAGACCAAGCUUAG